AGGCUGAGUCCGCGCCGCCACCAUGUCCGUGGCCUUCGCGUCGGCGCGGCCGAGAGGCAAAGGGGAGGUCACACAGCAGACCAUCCAGAAGAUGCUGGAUGAGAACCACCAUCUGAUCCAGUGCAUCCUGGACUACCAGAGCAAGGGCAAGACAGCCGAGUGCACUCAGUACCAGCAGAUCCUGCACCGGAACCUGGUCUACCUGGCCACGAUAGCAGACUCCAACCAGAAUAUGCAGUCGCUGCUUCCUGCGCCACCAACACAGAACAUGAGCCUGGGCCCAGGAGCGCUGAGCCAGAGCGGUUCCAGCCAGGGCCUGCACCCCCAGGGCAGCCUCGGCGAUGCCAUCAGCACAGGCCUGCCCCCUGCCUCCCUCAUGCAGGGCCAGAUCGGUAACGGUCCAAACCACGUGUCCAUGCAGCAGACGGCCCAGAGCACACUGCCCACAACCUCCAUGAGCAUGUCAGGCAGUGGUCAUGGCACUGGGCCUGGCUACAGCCACUCGGGACCCACCUCACAGAGUGUUCCCAUGCAAGGCCAAGGUGCCAUCAGCAACUAUGUAUCUCGGACCAACAUCAACAUGCAGUCCAACCCAGUCUCCAUGAUGCACCAGCAGGCAGCCACGUCCCACUACAACUCGGCACAGGGCGGGAGCCAGCAUUACCAGGGCCAGGCGCCCAUUGCCAUGAUGGGCCAGGGUGGCCAAGGGAGCAGCAUGAUGGGACAGCGGCCCAUGGCGCCCUACCGACCCUCCCAGCAAGGCUCUUCCCAGCAGUACCUAGGCCAGGAGGAGUACUACAGCGAACAGUACAGCCACAGCCAGGGUGCUGCAGAGCCCAUGAGUCAGCAGUACUACCCAGACGGCCACGGCGACUACGCCUACCAGCAAUCGUCCUACACAGAGCAGAGCUACGACCGCUCGUUUGAGGACUCCACACAGCACUACUAUGAGGGGGGAAACUCCCAGUACAGUCAGCAGCAGACUGGGUACCAGCAGGGCUCAGCGCAGCAGCAGACCUACUCCCAGCAGCAGUACCCCAGCCAGCAGAGCUACCCGGGGCAGCAGCAAGGCUACGGCCCUGCCCAGGGAGCCCCCUCACAGUACUCGAGCUACCAGCAAGGCCAAGGUCAACAGUAUGGAAGCUACAGAGCAUCGCAGACGGGACCUUCUGCCCAGCAGCAGCGGCCUUACGGCUAUGAGCAGGGCCAGUAUGGAAAUUACCAGCAAUAAGGGACAAGCGCUGUCUUUGGACCCUUCACAGUAGUAUGUUCUGGACAAGCCAGUGGCAGUUCUGAUGAGUCAUGACAUGUUGGUUACCCUGCGCCCAAUGCCAUGUCUGCAUGUGAGGCAGGCUCAUUUCAUGCUGGGUAUGAUGCCAAGCGUGCACUGCUGGCUGUGAUGGUGUGACAUUUGGUGCUGUGUAAAGUAUUGUAUAUCGACACGAUGGAGAGGUUGUCCUGUUUGUGCCCCUCACCCCGCCUCGAUGUUCUUAGCUAGCUUUGGGGGGUCAUACUGCCAUCACAUGUUCGUGGCCAGUGAUGAGACAGUAUCUGAAAGACACCAUGGUCCAUGUUACUGUAAACAGACCCAGCGUGUCCCUCUCACACCUUUGUUGCAAAGUGGACUAUAAAUGUUUCUUUAACCGGCUGCCCACAGCUUGACACACAUACUACAACCCUGGGUGGCCAUCUUCCUGUGCCUGGAUGGGGCUUGGGGACACCUUCUGUGUCUUGGGCUAGUUUCCUAUGUCACUGUAACAGAAAAUGUGCUUCAUGUGGAGAGACCGUGAGCUGUCCUCUCCAGAACUCACCCACCGCCUGUGUCCGUCCUCUCCCUGUGAUCCCAAAAGUGUGUGGCUUUAAAUUAGACAAUGAAGAGGGGUCAGUGACUCUAUUCUGAGGAAACGUGCCCAUGAGGGCAGUGUGAGAGCAACCCACCCUAGGGAGGGCAGUGUUCUGCAGAGCGAGGCUCACUGUCUGCCAGCUGCGUUGUGAGUAGUGUGGCUUUGCCCUUGUUUAUUUGAUGUCAAGGAUUUGAGUAUGCCCAGUCCUAAACUUCAAGAGAACUGGAAGUACUGAUGCUAAAUUUUACAAGUUCAGAUUGUUAAGCAAGCGUUCCUUUGCAUUUAGGGAAAUCUGAAAUCCACACUGUAUUUUUUAACAAAUCGAAAUAACUUUAUUAUGUUAUUUUAAAUGAAAAGUACAAGUUUUAUAUAGUGAAAUUUAGUGGGUUUUUUCUUUUUUUUUUUUUUUCAUUACAGCCCUAGAAUGUUCAAUCUCAUUUUAAUUCUAUGUAAAA